AUGAAGAUGGCUGGCACUGCUGGCAGAACAAUCCAAGAUACUGAGAUGAUAUACACCUCUCGGAUCUUCAAGUUCGUCAUAGGACAAGAGGGAAAAGAAUUCUACGUUCACGAAGGUCUUGUCGCGCCAUGGUCCGAAGCCAUCAACCGGAUGUUGCAAAAUGGCAUGCGCGAGUCGCAAGAGGGCGUCGUGGUUUUUAAAGACCUCGACACGGUCGUUUUCGCGAGCUUCCUCGACUUCGCUACCUACCGCAACUACAAGUUCCAGAGAUCGCAGGAUCCAAAGAUACCUCAAGUCGACCAUCGAAGCCCGGAAAAAAGGUGCGACUCCCUUCGCGACCAUCUCGUUCCUUAUCAGGGAACGGGAAUGAUGGACAAGAGACCAUAUCUGAAGUAUAUGUACUUGUUCGUGGAGAGCAGCCACACAGGACGUAUCUACGGCCCUGCAUCGGGUCCAGCGGAGCUGAAUCCGCCCUUCGACGUUGAAUUGGAUUUGUCAAUAUCGAACCGGGAGUUUGGAGAAGUCACUCGACAUCACGUCAAGCUUUACGCAUUUGCAGAGCAAUGGGGCGUGUCCGAGCUGAAGCAGCUGUGCCUGCACAAGAUUCACAGCUGCCUAACCUGGGUCAAGCUGAGCAACAGCGGGUAUAACCUCUUAUUCGACAUCAUUAACCUCGCAUAUUCCAGCACUAUGCCUGGAGACAAGCUGCGGAAGCUUCUUAAUCAGAUGUGCGUGGCCGACAUCACCAUGAUCCGUGGCAUGCCCGGAUUCUCGAGACUAGCACAUGACCUACCUGAAAUUGCCGUGGACAUUCUGCUCGAGGAACCCAAGUACUGGGAAGAGAAGGCGAAAGCACUGGAAGAUGUCAUCGGAAAGUUUCGACCCCCCAUAGUCGAGAAAGAGAUGAAGGGGAAAAAUGAGUCUUGGUGGUGA